UCCAGUGUUCAAUAAUACUCGCACGUGGAUUUCUGUUAAAAUGUUUUAUUAAAAUACCACAAAAACUAGUAAAAUGGACGCUUACGACAUAUUUAAGAAACUAACUAAAGGUUUAACUUUCAAACAGCGUGUUUUAGGUGUGAAAAACAAUCAAAGUGAAAAGCUUUUACCGGUUAAGAAAGAGGAGGUAUUGAAGAUCAAGGAGGAGUUACCCAGUGAGGAGGAAGAUGAAAUAGAGAAUGAGAGCGCCGGCAGCGAAGCCAGUGACGUCGAUUCCGGCGAUGAGAAGGAACUCCAAAUAUUAGAAGGUGUUAAAGUGGGCGAAAAAAAGAAAAAGAAGAGGAAAGAGAAAACGGAGGAUUUGCUUAAGAAGCUGGAAAUUGAAGAGCAUAACCGCUUCCGCAAUGAACAUGGCAUCAAAGUGGUUGGUCGACACAUUCCCGCAGCAUUGCAAGACUUCUCCGAGCUCGUGACCAAGUACAAUGUGAAACAAGCACUUGUAGACACGGUGACUAAGUGUGGUUAUGAUGAGCCUACGCCUGUCCAGAGGCAGGCGGUGCCUUGUAUGAUGGAGGACCGUCAAAUAUUAGCCUGUGCGCCAACAGGCUCCGGCAAGACCUGUGCCUUCCUUCUCCCCAUCUUGCACACACUUGGAGCUCCUCAAGGAGGACCCAGGGCUUUAGUGCUCUGUCCUACCAGAGAACUGGCACAUCAGAUAUACAGGGAGGCGCUCCGAUUGAGCGAGGGCACAGAGUUGAGAUGUAGUGUUGUGAGGAAUAUGAAAGAAAGCAAAGUCAAAGAGCGGGAAGCCACUAUUAGGAGGAGCGAUAUCGUCAUCAGCACGCCAAACAGAUUAUGCUAUCUACUCAACAGGGAUAAUGUGAAUAUUUCCCUUGACAAAAUCAAAUGGCUGAUAAUCGACGAAGCCGACAAGCUGUUCGAAGGCUCAGCGGACGAGCAGUCCGACUUCAGACAACAGAUGGAGCAAGUCCUGGCGGCUUGUGGCGGCAAGCAGCGCCGUAUAGCGAUGUUUAGCGCUACACAUACUCCGGCUGUUGCGAAGUGGUGUAGACACCAUAUGAGGGGGCUUAUCAAUGUUACUGUGGGACAGAGAAAUGCAGCUACAAACCUGGUUGACCAAGAGUUGUUGUACUGCGGCAAUGAGAACGGCAAACUGGUGGCGUUCAGACAACUAGUGCAACAGGGAUUGAAACCUCCAGUUUUAGUAUUUGUACAGAGCAAAGACCGCGCCAAGCAGCUUUUCAAAGAACUCAUAUACGACGGAAUCAAUGUGGACGUCAUACACGCGGACAGAACGCAGGCACAGCGAGACAAUGUAGUUCGAAGCUUCCGCGUCGGUCGAGUUUGGGUGCUAAUCUGUACGGAACUGAUGGGUCGCGGUAUCGACUUCCGAGGAGUCAACCUGGUCAUCAACUAUGACUUUCCACCUUCAGCCAUUGCCUACAUACACAGAAUUGGUCGAGCCGGUAGAGCAGGACAGAAGGGUCGCGCUAUCACGUUCUUCACACAAGAUGACGUCGCCAAUCUUAGGAGUAUCGCGUCAGUGAUGAAGCAGUCGGGCUGCGCCGUCCCGGAUUACAUGCUAGCGCUGAAACAGAACCCCAAUAAAAGGAAGAAGUUGGCUAAAAAGGCGCCCAGGAGAGACGAGAUAUCUACUAUACUCGGCAAGAGGCCUGAUAAGAGGAAACUAGAAAAUGAUAAAGACUCAAAAGACGAUAAGACUAAAAACAAAAACACAAAUGCGAAAAGAAGAAAAAUCGAGAAGGCAGAGAAUAAAGAACCGAAGAAUAAAAAACAAAUAAAAAUGGCCAAGAAAAACAAAAAUAAAAUGAACACUAUGAAACAGAAUAAAAAGAAAACUAUAGUUCAUAAAAAAGCUAAAUAAGUUCGUAUUUUAUAAGUUGUGUUAAGAAAAAUAAACAAUUAAAAACUA